AUGACUGAAAGAUUAGAUGAAGCACUAGUGCGUAUAUUCUACUGUGUGCAACAACAUUAUUUCAAAGAAGAAAUUGAGCUGCUAUUGAAGAAUAGAGAAUUGCCAGCAAACAGUAAAUAUAAAAAUCUGAGCAUUUUUGUAGAAGAUACUUAUGGUGUUCCGCUACUACGUGUUGGUGGGAGAUUAGCGAAGGCUGCAUUGCCAUAUGAUGCUAAACAUCAAAUUUUGUUACCGAAUAACUCAGAAAUAGUUUGCAGUUUUGUACGAUUUCUUCAUUUCAAAUAUUUGCAUGCUGGUACGCAAGCGCUUAUGGCUAUAGUUAGGCAGCGAUUUUGGAUAUUUCAUGCUAGAGGAGUAAUACGCAAAAUUACUGGUAGUUGUCUACAAUGCUUUAGAUGCCAUCCAAAAUUGAGUAAUCAGAUUACGGGCGAUUUACCCUCUUCUAGAGUCACCGUAGCGAGGCCGUUCACUGUGACUGGAGUGGACUUUUGCGGCCCUAUUACAACAACGUAUCUACUUCGUGGGUACAGAACAACAAAAAGCUAUAUUGCUGUUUUUAUUUGUUUUGCCACAAAAGCUGUGCAUAUGGAGGUGGUCUCUGAUUUGACUGCAAAGGCUUUCCUGGCUUCAUUAAAAAGAUUUGUAGCUCGACGCGGCUUAUGCUUAAAAUUAUUUUGUGACAAUGCCACUAAUUUUGUGGGUACUCGUAAAGAGCUCGAGGAAAUGAAAUGCAAGUUUUUUGAUCAACAAGUACAGGGCAAGAUUUCAAAAUAUUGUACUGCCAAUAGUAUUGAAUUUCAUCAUAUACCACCCAGAUCCCCCCACUUUGGUGGACUAUGGGAAGCGGCUGUAAAAUCAGCAAAAUAUCAUUUGGCUAGAAUAUUGGGUCAAUCGCAUCUUACAUUUGAAGAGCUGGCAACAGUGGUUACGGAAGUAGAGGCAGUUUUAAAUUCAAGACCUUUGACAACCUUGUCUAACGACCCAAAUGAUGAAAGCGUUCUUACACCGGCACAUUUCUUAACAGGUGGUCCGUUGGUUGGAACUGUGGAACCUACUGUGGAUAGCGAAGAAUGGUCUCAUAAAGAUAGAUGGCUACGAAUUUCGGCCAUACAACAACAUUUUUGGAGAAGGUGGUCGGCGGGGUAUCUUCAUGAACUUCAACAGAAAGUCAAAUGGACUAAGAAGCAGAAGAACCUUAAUGAAGGUGAUAUGGUGUUAAUUGCAGAAGAAAAUUUGCCUUCUAAGCAAUGGCUUAUUGGGAGAGUGCUGAAAGUGACAAGAGAUGCUAAAGGUUGGGUUCGAGUUGCUGAUGUAAAAACAAAAAAUGGAGAGGUUCGCCGAGCAAUCCAUAAAUUGGCACCUAUUCCAUCUGAAUGUUGA